AGAGGCGGGUUGACGCACCUUCUAGCUACGGCCGGCGCCAUGAAGCUCAACGUGGACGGGCUGCUGGUCUACUUCCCGUACGACUACAUCUACCCGGAGCAGUUUUCCUACAUGCUGGAGCUCAAACGCACGCUGGAUGCCAAGGGUCAUGGAGUCCUGGAGAUGCCCUCAGGCACUGGGAAGACAGUGUCCCUGUUGGCCCUGAUCAUGGCAUACCAGCGGGCAUACCCGCUGGAGGUGACUAAACUCAUCUACUGCUCAAGGACGGUGCCUGAGAUUGAGAAGGUCAUUGAAGAACUUCGGAAGUUGCUCAACUUCUAUGAGAAGCAGGAGGGUGAGAAGCUGUCGUUUUUGGGCCUGGCUCUGAGCUCUCGAAAGAACCUGUGUAUUCAUCCCGAGGUGACGCCCCUGCGCUUCGGGAAAGAUGUGGAUGGGAAGUGCCACAGCCUCACAGCCUCCUACGUGCGGGCGCAGUACCAGCAGGACACCAGCCUGCCCCACUGCCGCUUCUACGAGGAAUUUGACAUUCACGGGCGCCAGGUGCCCCUCCCUGCGGGCAUCUACAACCUGGAUGAUCUGAAGGCCAUGGGGCGGCGCCAGGGCUGGUGCCCGUACUUCCUUGCCCGCUACUCGAUCCUGCAUGCCAACGUGGUGGUUUACAGCUACCACUACCUCCUGGACCCCAAGAUUGCAGACCUGGUGUCCAAGGAGCUGGCCCGCAAGGCUGUCGUGGUCUUCGAUGAGGCCCACAACAUCGACAAUGUCUGCAUCGACUCUAUGAGCGUCAACCUCACCCGCCGGACCCUCGACAGAUGCCAGGGCAACCUGGAGACCCUGCAGAAGACAGUGCUCAGCAUCAAGCAGACAGAUGAGCAGCGUCUUCGGGACGAGUACCAGCGCCUCGUGGAGGGCUUGCGGGAGGCCAGUGUCGCCCGGGAGACUGACGCCCACCUGGCCAACCCUGUGCUGCCCGACGAGGUGCUGCAGGAGGCUGUGCCGGGCUCCAUCCGCACGGCUGAGCACUUCCUGGGCUUCCUGCGGCGGCUGUUGGAGUACGUCAAGUGGCGCCUGCGCGUGCAGCAUGUGGUGCAGGAGAGCCCCCCCGCCUUCCUGAGCGGCCUGGCCCAGCGCGUGUGCAUCCAGCGCAAGCCCCUCAGGUUCUGCGCAGAGCGCCUCCGCUCCCUCCUGCACACCUUGGAGAUCACCGACCUCGCCGACUUCUCCCCGCUCACCCUCCUGGCUAACUUUGCCACCCUAGUCAGCACCUACGCCAAGGGGUUCACCAUCAUCAUCGAGCCCUUUGACGACAGGACCCCCACCAUUGCCAACCCCGUCCUGCACUUCAGCUGCAUGGACGCCUCGCUGGCCAUCAAACCCGUAUUCGAGCGCUUCCAGUCGGUCAUCAUCACGUCUGGGACGCUGUCCCCGCUGGACAUCUACCCCCGGAUCCUGGACUUCCACCCUGUCACCAUGGCAACCUUCACCAUGACACUGGCCCGGGUCUGCCUGUGCCCCAUGAUCAUCGGCCGUGGCAACGAUCAGGUGGCCAUCAGCUCCAAAUUUGAGACCAGAGAUGAUAUUGCGGUGAUCCGCAACUACGGAAACCUCCUGCUGGAGAUGUCCGCCGUGGUCCCCGACGGCAUCGUGGCCUUCUUCACCAGCUACCAGUACAUGGAGAGCACCGUGGCCUCCUGGUACGAGCAGGGCAUCCUCGAGAACAUUCAGAGGAACAAGCUGCUCUUUAUCGAGACCCAGGACGGGGCCGAGACCAGUGUCGCCCUGGAGAAGUACCAGGAGGCCUGCGAGAACGGCCGCGGGGCCAUCCUGCUGUCGGUGGCUCGAGGCAAAGUGUCCGAGGGCAUCGACUUUGUGCACCACUUCGGGCGGGCUGUCAUCAUGUUUGGUGUCCCCUACGUCUACACCCAGAGCCGCAUUCUCAAGGCGCGGCUGGAAUACCUGCGGGACCAGUUCCAGAUCCGUGAGAACGACUUUCUCACUUUUGAUGCCAUGCGCCAUGCGGCCCAGUGUGUGGGUCGGGCCAUCAGGGGCAAGACAGACUACGGCCUCAUGAUCUUCGCAGACAAGCGGUUUGCCCGGGCAGACAAGCGGGGGAAGCUGCCCCGCUGGAUCCAGGAGCACCUCACGGACGCCAACCUCAACCUGACCGUGGACGAGGGAGUCCAGGUGGCCAAGUAUUUCCUGCGGCAGAUGGCGCAGCCGUUCCACAGGGAGGAUCAGCUGGGCCUGUCCCUGCUCAGCCUGGAGCAGCUGGAGUCCGAGGAGACGCUGCGGAGGAUCCAACAGAUUGCACAGCAGCUGUAGCGCGAGGGGGACCAGCGCGUCCUGGGGGGCCUCGCUCCCACCCUGGGGAGGCCGCCCCAGCACAGGGGAGACGGGAGCCUCAGAAGCUUCUGGAGCAGGAUGAGGGGAGGGACUGCAGAUACCAGGGCUCUUGGCCGACCUGACCAGCACUCACCCGGCUGCGCCCGCUGCCCCCUCGCCUCUGAGACGGGAGACCAGCUUCUCACUCCCACGCCGGAUGGACUCACGGAACUUGGAGAACGAGCUGCUCCGACGAAGGGUCUGGGGAGGGACACCGUCAGUCCCCACAUCCCACCCAGUUCCCGUGCCCGCCCUGCCCCCUGGAGCUGAAGCGAAGCCCAUCCUCACCUGUUGUCUUGCAUCACCAGCUGCGCCUGUGUUGGGGGCUCCUGAGGGACAGAUGGGGAACAUUGUGGUCGGGACCCUAAGAAGCCACUU